AUGGACUUUGACCCAAAGCACGACCAGGCGCUGGACCUGCCGCUGCGCUUUCCAGACGACCCCGUCGACGAGCCGCCGCCGCCACUGCAACCGCAACCUGCAUCGACGUCGAUGCGCCGGCAAAAGUCGCAAGAUCCGCAGCAGCCGUCGCCCGCACAGAAGCAAGCCGCACAGUCGCCGGCGCGAUCGCCCGCGCUGCCUGAGCAGCCACCGCCCCAGUACACCGUCUACAUUCGCGUGCCGGCGCCGCGAAACGGCUUUGUCGAUCCGCCCGACGUCGACUGGAACAAGGACAAGGACGACGCACUGUGGCGCAUUCUGUCCCGCGCGUCCAAGAACGAUAUUAAUUGGGAAGAACUAGCACAGACGUUCGAUGCGACCGUCGACUUCCUCCUCGUCCAGGCCACCGUCCUCACCGAACGCCACGUCUCCCAGGUCCGCGCGCAGACGCGCAAGGUGGCCACGCUCAGCACGGCCAAUCCAAACACCGCGGCCGGCCGCGACUCGCCGGUGAACUCGCCCUCGCUGACCUCCGAGGCUAUGGGACGAACGUUGUCGAGCGGUGGUGCUGGUGCCGGUGCCGGUGCCGGACCGUCCGGCUCCGGUGCUGGCGCGCGGACGGCCUCGGCAGAGACCAUGCGGCGGACAGCAUCGGCAGGCAGUCGUGCGGGGCCAGGGCCAGGGCCACGAACCCCGGGUGCCGUGGGCGGCAGCAGUGGCUCACGUCGCCCGUCCAUGGAGGACAGCCAGAUUCGCCCGAGCCGGUCCAUCCGGCCGACGCUACAAACCAUUUCGUCGUUUUCGCCCCAGACAGCUGCUGCUGCGGCUGGUGCUGCCGGUGGUUCGGUGGCAUCGCCCGUGGGCCGCGGACUGUCCCUUCGCCCGGCACAACCCAUGGAUGCGGCUGGCGGGCGGCCUGGUUCCUACGACUUCGAGGGCGAGGACGAGGGCGAGGGCGAGGGCGAGGCCUUUGCACCCUCAUCGCCCGCAGCCACGUCGGACUCGAGCUCGUCGUCGUCGUCCACCCCGUCGGAGCCUGUCAUGUCGCGCAUCUUCCGACGCCCUCCAGGACAUGUUCCACAGCAGCAGCAGCAAACACGAGACCGGGGCAGCAAAUCACACGCUGCAGGUGACGGUGACUUUGGCGUCAUUGGCCUGGGGAUCUCAUCGGGCGGCUCAGACGACGGCGAUGCCGAUGCCGAUGGGGACGGCGACGAGUCUGAAACCCAGGCAGCCUUUUUGCGGUACAAAGCGAGCAGCAAAGCGAGCAGCACAGCGACGCAUCCCACAGGCACCGGUAGCGGAAGCAGGCCGCAUCCACGCCAUCAACACCAUCAGCAUCAUCAGAAACGACACUCCACUGCCGACUCCGCAUCGCCGUCCUCGUCUGCCUCAGCGUCACCCACCACCAAAGCCUUUAAGACGCCCACCGUGGCGGCCGCGGCAGCAGCCGCUGCUACUGCCGUGCUGGGCUCCUCUUCCACGGCCAGCGCCAGCGCCAGCGCCAAGGCUGCCGCGCGCUUGCAGUCGUCCCGUGUUCCCGGCAUCCGAUCGCCGCCACGCCUCCAACACACGCUGUCCGCACGCAGCCCGGCCGUCCGCGCCGCCCGGGCCGCCUCGGGCAUCUCGCGCGAAGGCAGUGAGAUUGGCACCACCCCUAGCAUCGGCAGCAGCUUCAGUGAUCUUGACGACGUCUCGUUCACACAGUCCGUGUUGGAUGAGGCACUCGCCAGCAAAGUGGAGGACACCGUCGUGACGCCCAACCCCAACAACAACAAUAGCGACCCUAUGGCGUCCUCGGCAACCCGCCGGCAGCGGUGA